GGUUGCACCGUCUCUUUUAUCCGCGCCAGAGACGGGCCUUCACCGCCGAGCGAGGGCCUUGUCGAGCAGCGAUGCGGGCCUGGCGCUUGAACGAUCGGCUCUGGGAUGCCACGCGGGGACAGGAUCUCGGAGAAUUUGCCUACGCUAGACACGGAAACAUGUUUUCCUUGGGCAAUGGCCAUGGGCAGUGGCCAUGGUGAGGCGUGAGGGGAAUUCUGUAUAUAAAGACCGCCUCGGUCUAUAGUACUGUGAAACGUCCUGGACUUGGCAGCCUCCAUCCCUCGCCCAACCGGAGUUUUCCUCACUCCCCCGUUCCCUCCCUCGGCUCCUUGUCCGAAACCGCCGACCACAAUGCCCGAAAACCGCUUCUCACUCCGCGCCGUCCUGGCCGGGCUCCUGGUGGCCGGGCCCGGCCUCGUGGGCGCCGUGCCCAACGGCCGGCUGCACGAGCUAGCCCGGGCGGCCGGGAAGCUCUAUUUCGGCACCGCCGUCGACAACCCCGAGAUCAACAACAGCGGCUACCGCCCCAUCCUCGGCAACAAGGCCGACUUCGGUUUCAUCACGGCCGGCAAUACGCAAAAGUGGCAGUUCACCGAGCCCCAGCAGGGCCGUUUCGACUACGGCCAGGGGGACGCUAUUGCUAGCUUUGCCAAGUCCAACGGCCAGAUGCUGCGCUGCCACACGCUGGUCUGGCACAACCAGCUCCCAGGAUGGGUCUCGUCGGGCAACUGGAAUCGCGACUCCCUGACGCGCGUCAUCAACACGCACAUCAGCAACGUCGCCGGCCACUACGCUGGCCAGUGCUACGCCUGGGACGUGGUCAACGAGGCGCUCGAGGACAACGGCAGCUUCCGCAACUCGGUCUUCUACCGCGUGCUCGGCACCGACUUCCUCCCCAUCGCCUUCAAGGCCGCCGCCGCCGCCGACCCGAAAGCAAAGCUCUACUACAACGACUACAACAUCGAGCAGGCCGGCAACAAGCAGCGCCAGGCCCUGGCCAUUGUCGACAUCAUCAAGCGCGGCGGCGCCCGCAUCGACGGCGUCGGCCUGCAGGGCCACUUCAUCGUCGGCCAGACCGGGUCGCGCGACCAGCUCGCGAGCGUGCUGAACCAGUUCGUGGCCAAGGACGUCGACGUCGCCUACACUGAGGUCGACGUGCGCCACUCGAGCCUCCCUACCAACUCGCAGGCCCUGCAGCGCCAGGCCGACGACUACGGCAGCAUUGUUUCCGCCUGCCUGGCCGUCCAGCGCUGCGUCGGCAUCACCAUCUGGGGCGCCAGCGACGCCUACUCGUGGGUUCCCUCCACCUUCCCCGGCCAGGGCGACGCCACCCUGCUCGACCGCAACUUGAACCCCAAGCCCGCCUACAACCGCGUCCGCGACGUCCUGGCCGCCGCCGGCCGCGGGCGGAAGCGGUCGGCGAGGGUCGAGGCUUGAUGGGAGAGGGCUUCCAUGAGUUAAGCCGUGUUUCUGUCUUGUAAAUAUUAAAUGCAUAGUAGUGCCGUAUAUAUGCUGUAUUUAGGCAAUCAUCUACAAGCCUGGACGUUAACCGCA